AUGGGAGAGCGUCCCUACGAAGGCGAUGACCUGAUAGGCGUGUGUGUGGCGCUGGCCGCCGUGCAGAUUCUUAUUGUCACCGCGCGUUUCUAUACGCGGUAUAUGCUGCAGAUGCGCUAUGGGCUUGAUGACUAUCUUAUUUUGGUCGCGCUGGCUGCGAAUCUGGCUAAGGCUAUCAUCUACAUCGUUUUGGUCAACAUCUCCGGGCUUGGUUACCAUCUUGAUUAUAUCACCUCUACAGCACCACAGGAUCUACUCCUCCUAAAAAAGGGCCUCUUCGCCAUCGAAAUCCUCGACUUCCCCUUCUCAGUAACACCCGCCAAAAUCUCUCUCCUCCUCUUCUACGCUCGAAUCUUCACCGUGCGCCGCUUCCAAAUCUUCGCCUAUGCAGUCGCGUCUUUGGUCCUGGUGCAUGGAGACAUCGUUCUCUUUGCUAUUAUCUUCCAGUGCAAGCCCAUCCCUUACGCCUGGGACAAGAGCAUUCCCGAUGGAACGUGUACUGUUCAACACGUGCUGUACCGCUUUAUAUCGCCACCGAAUGUCUUGACAGGCAUUUUCAUCCUGGUGAUGCCCAUGCCUUUUGUGUGGAGACUGCAUGUACCAAGGGCGCAGAAGAUGGCGCUGACAGGGGUGUUUUUGCUGGGUGGACUGGGCACCGUGGCGAGUAUCCUGCGCAUGGUAAUCUACUACAUGUGCACCGACCUGGCGCAAGGAGAUGUAACCUGGUACUCCGUCGAACUCGGGAUCCUCAGCCAAGUCGAGAGCGGUGUUCUCGUCAUCGCCGCAUGCCUAAUCACGAUCUGGCCAUUCAUCACCAAGCUACUGCCACAAUAUGUGCUUAGACUGUUUUCAUUUGGCACAGACCGAGAGCGCCAGCACCGGCGCUGGUAUAUGCGCUCUACCCAAUCGCGACCCACUCAUAAUAGUGGUAUCAUCAUCACCACUACCACCACCACCACCAUCAGCGAGAGCCAGGACGAGAUUGCUCAUUACAGUCAAGAUAUGGGACGGUGGCCGCACAGUUCGUGUAGUGUGUCGUCGUCGUCGUCGUCGUUGGCGGAUCUUGAAGAUCAGAGGUGGUCCAUAUUUGCGGACGAGGCGAGAGGUGCAGAAAAGGCAUGA